UUUUUUUUCUUUAGGGAAAUGGAAAAAUGUAUACGAAAUAUCAAUUUCCAUCCACAGAGCACAAAGUUCUUCUAUAUGAACUCUGUAACCUCCUCUCUGUUCUUCAUCUCCAUCCUCUUCUUUAAACUCUCUUCUAUAAUAAAGUAAUGUGCAGCCAAAAUGGGUGUGAGCUUCAUAUGUUUCUGUUCCCAUUCAUGGCUCACGGCCACAUGAUUCCCAUCAUCGACAUGGCCAAGCUCUUCGCAUCUCGCGGCGUCAAGAUCACCAUCGUCACAACUCCUCUCAAUUCCAUCUCCAUUUCCAAAUCACUUCAUAAUUCCAAUUCAUUGAUUCACCUUCUUCCCCUUAAGCUCCCUUCUGUAGAAGCUGGCCUACCAGAUGCUUGUGAAAAUGCCGACUCCCUUCCAAGCCUUCAUUUGCUCCCCAAAUUCUUCGCUGCCACCACUUUGCUUCAAGAUCAGCUUGAACAUGCUCUGUUGCAGUAUCGCCCUCAUUGUAUUUUGGCUGAUAUGUUCUUCCCUUGGACAAACGAUGUCGCUGCUAAAAUUGGGAUCCCCAGGUUGAUCUUCCAAGGAACUAGUUGUUUCUCUCAUUGUGCUUUAGAGUUCAUUCGAAUCCAUGAGCCGCACAAGCGUGUUUUGUCCGAUACAGAGCAUUUUCUCAUUCCUUAUCUCCCCGGGGACAUUAAGUUAACCAAAAUGCAACUCCCUGCACUCGAUCCCGAGAAUAUUGAGAAUGAAUUUAGCAAAUUUAUAGCCAAGGUUGAUGAGUCGGUAUCGUGUUGUUAUGGGGUUGUUGUGAACAGUUUUUACGAGCUGGAAGCAGAGUAUGCAGAUUGUUACAGAGAUGUCUUGGGAAGAAAGAUGUGGCUAAUUGGCCCACUUUCAUUAUGCAACACUGAAACUCAAGAAAUCAUACACAGAGGAAGAGAAUCCGCCAUUGACGAGGAUGAGUGCUUGAAAUGGCUCGAUUCCCAGAAACUCAAUUCGGUUGUGUAUGUGUGUUUUGGAAGUUUGGCUAAAUUCAACUCUGUUCAGCUUAAAGAGAUCGCGAUUGGGCUUGAAGCUUCUGGGCAAAAUUUUAUUUGGGUUAUCAGGAAAGGGAAAGAGGAAGAAGAGGCAGAGGAGCGAAAUUGGUUGCCAGAGGGUUACGAACAGAGGAUGGAAGGAAAAGGGUUGAUCAUAAGAGGAUGGGCGCCGCAGCUUUUGAUAUUGGAUCACCCGGCGGUGGGUGGAUUUGUGACCCACUGCGGGUGGAAUUCGACGCUGGAAGGGGUGGCGGCAGGGGUUCCGAUGGUGACGUGGCCGGUGGGGGCCGAGCAGUUUUACAACGAGAAAUUGGUGACGGAGGUUCUGAAAAUUGGAGUUGCUGUUGGGGUUCAGAAAUGGGUGAAAAUUGUGGGAGAUUUCGUUGGAAGAGAAGCUGUGGAGAAGGCGAUUAGGAGAGUAAUGGAGGAAGAAGAAGGGGAAGAGAUGAGAAACAGAGCAAGAAAAUUUGCAGAGAAGGCGAAGAAGGCGGUUGGGGAAGAUGGAUCGUCGUAUUUGACUGUAGAUGCUUUGAUUGUGGAAUUGAAAUCUUUGGCCUUUUAGAUGUGAAUAGUAACUGAAAUGUAUGCUACCGUUUCCGCAUCUUUAUAUGUUCAACAUGA